GGGCACUCCCCUCUCCUAUAGCAUUCUUAGCAAUCCAUUGAUGGUUCUCCGAUCUGAAACUGAAAUCGCUCGGCACAAAUUGGUUUCAAUCUUAGUGACAGGAUAAAAAGAAAGCUGUUCGCGCGUUCGUUAAUUCGUCGGAGAGGAAUACAAGAAGAGAAGGGGAAGAUGAAGGCCAAGAAUUUCAGGAAAAGAAGUGCACCCGCCGCCGAAGAGGAAGAUUCCGACCCAGAGAGAAGAUUGGCGUUGGAGGAGGUUAAAUUCCUUCAGAGGCUGAGGGAGAGAAAAUCCGGAAUGCCGGCUUUACCCACAGCCACACAGGCUGCCGCCACUGCAGGUGGUGCUGAAGCAAGCAAUGCUAGUACAGGCCGUUUGGCUCGCAAAGUCAAUGACAAGAAUGAGGGGGACGGGGAGAAGGAUGACUUGGUAUUGCAGGACACCUUUGCUCAGGAAACUGCUGUCAUGGUCGAAGACCCCAAUAUGCUGAGAUAUGUUGAACAAGAAUUGGCAAAGAAAAGGGGCAGGAACAUUGAUGCAACGAAUCAAGUAGAGAAUGACGUGAAACAUGCAGAAAAUGAAUUAUACAAAAUUCCAGAGAACCUGAAAGUGAAGAGGCGAAGCUCUGAAGAAAGCUCUACUCAGUGGACCACAGGAAUUGCUGAAAUUCAGCUUCCGAUUGAAUACAAAUUAAAGAAUAUCGAGGAAACUGAGGCUGCCAAAAAGCUCUUACAGGAAAAGAGGUUAAUGGGUGGCACUAAAGCAGACUCCAGAAUUCCCUCAAGUUACAGUGCUGACUACUUCCAACGUGGAAAGGACUAUUCAGAAAAACUUAGGAAAGAUCAUCCUGAGCUUUACAAAGAUAAAGGUGUAGACAAUAUUGGUCCAGUAUCUAGACAUUCUGAUUCAGUUACUGAUGGAGCAGCUCGAAGGCCAGCUGCAACAGAUGAGUUCAUGCUUCAGCGAUUUCGGAAACAAGAACGCCAUCGUGUGAUGCAGAGAUAACACGCAUCUGAAUGUCUGAUACCGUCUCUAUUAUGAGUAGAGGCCAAAUUUGGCCCAUGCAUUGAGAAAUUUCGUGCUCCAACACAUUUCUCUUAUGUUUGUAUGCCCGGUAUUUCAUGAGGUCUUGUUUUAUUUGCACUUAUGGCAUUUUCCAUUUUAUCUUGUUCAUGUAAUGCUACUGUUACCACCAAACUGAAAUCAUCGCUGUGCUAUUAAAUGUGUCACUAGAACCUGUACUGUUGUUGAUUUUGGUUUUUUAUGCAAUUGUUCUGUUGGUUGUGAACUUUA